AUGACGAAUAAGAGACGUUCAUCACUGUCGGUAGUUGAAGCCCUGGUGGGACCAGAAGCAAAUAAGAGACGACGAAUCCCAAUUCCGAAUACCAUAACCCCAAUCAAAGCCAUCGAGAGCAUGGAAGAGUUGAAGAAUAAGGAAGAACUACAAACCGCUUCACUGCUGCCUUCCCAGAAUUUGUCCAAUAUGGAUAUCGACUGCCAAAAAUUGAAAUUGCCGCAAGAAAUUCUCCGUCUGAUUUGUUCUCACGUUGGUCCACACGAACUUUCCAAUCUUAGAUUUGUCUCGAAGGAUCUCUCUAACGCAGCAGCAACUUGUAUGUUCAAAGAAAUAUCGUUCAAAUUCGAAGCUUUAUCAUUUCAAAACUUAUUGAAUAUCGCCGACAAUUCUAACCUUCAACGUCAUGUUUCAAAGCUCACAUACAAGGGCCAGUUUAUUGACGAUGAUGGAAUAAAUGACUCUUGGAGUCCACAACAUGCCGAUUAUCACUUCCAUCAUCAAUAUGAGUUGGCAGACGCCCUAAAGCGGCUGUCAAGUCUCAACACUAUUCGAAUUGACACGAUCUUCUGCGAUCCGAUUCCUGAAUACUUCCUUAUCACGAACGGAUCAUUUGAUACAUUUUGGAACUUUCUAAAAUCAACACUUGUUAACGUAUCCAACUUGAGAACAAUAGGAGUAGAAUUACCCAGACUCGAAUCAAAUAUCUACGAACGUGAACGAAGUCUCAAGUCGUUUUCUAAGCUGGAGAUAGACAAACUCGAAAAGUUGAAGGAUUUCCAAUUUUUGGUCAACAAAUUCCUCAUCCCUCAUGUUCCCGCGCUUCUUAAUUGCAUGCAAAACCUCAGGUCACUUUCAUUAGGAGAAGCGACUGAGGCUGCCGCUGAUUUCCAAUAUUGGCACGAUUCGAGAGAUUUUUCACAGUUGGUUAACCCAAGUACAAUAUUUCCGUCAUUGGAAUCUCUUGAAAUCAAGAAUUUGUAUUUGAAUGAGCAGUAUUUCCAAGAAUUCUUACUCAUUAACGCAAAUUCUUUGCGUUCACUCAAGCUUCACAAUGUGAGGAUUGAACUUAUCAAGGAAGACUUAGAGUCCAAGGAACAUCUCAAGAGUAAUUCAUGGAUUCGAAUGUUCUACUUCUUUGCUCAAUCAUUACAUCUAAAGGUGAUUAGACUGUCUGGAAUUUUGGGUACAUCAUGCUCAGGAUUUUGGAGUUCAGAGUGUUAUUGUGAAGAUGGUUGCAAACGUUGUGAUUCAUCGAGUUUGAUGUUGAGCCUUCAAAAUUUCAUUACACAUGUUGAAGGCUCAUCAUUUCCUUUACCACAUCCAGAUGAAGACCUUAGGAAUGUGGACAUGAAAAGUUACUUCUUUGGGUACGGGUUUGAUGCUUAUAUUGACACAUCAGAUCCUGGCUUUUAUUGGCGACCGAACCCGGUGAAGAGAAGAGAAAUUCGAUUAUUGGAAAAGGAGCCAUUGAAACCUGCUACCUUUAAGGGAUUCAUGUCAUGGAGUCAGUCAGAGUCAGAUUCGGAUUCGGAUUCAGAUGAAUAUAGCGAGGAGGAGGAAGAGGAGGAGGAAGAAGGGGAAGAGGGAGAAGAUAAUCCUACACAGCGCGCCGCGUUCGAUUACGCCAUGACUCAAAUCCGAAUCAACAGAACUUCAUGGACCGAUGUGGAGAAGAAGUCAUUAAUAAAUACCUUACUCGAGGGAUUGACAGAAGAGAAUGAAUGA